AUGGUGAGAGUUAGAAAGCGUACAUCAAAGAGAACUUCUACUCGUAUGAGAGAAGGUAUUAAGAAAAAAGCUGCUGCUCAUAGAAGAAAGGAAAAAAAACUUGCUAAGCGUGAUAUCACUUGGAAGUCUAGGCACAAGAAGGAUCCAGGUAUUCCUGCCUCUUUUCCUUAUAAGACAAAAAUUUUAGAAGAAAUUGAAGCUAGAAAACAAAAAGAAUUAGAAGAAAAAGAGUUGAAUAAACAAAAAAAAUUAGAAGCCAGACAGAGAGCUUUGGAACAAGGCCAAGAUAUCAAUAUUAAUGAUGGCAUGGAAGAUGAUUAUGAAGAUGAUGGAAAUGGAUUGGCGGCUUUAGUGGAAUUGGCUCAACAAGCUGCAAGAGAAUAUAAUGGGGAAAAUGUAGCAGAAACAGGUCAACUACAAGAUGAUUUAGAUGUCAUUGACUAUAAUAUCAACUUCUAUGAUGGUGAAGGUAUGGAAGGUGAAUCAGAACUAGAAAAAUCAAGAAAGGCAUACGAUAAGAUUUUUAAGACUGUAGUAGAUGCCUCUGAUGUUGUUCUAUAUGUUUUGGACGCAAGAGACCCAGAAGGUACUAGAUCAAGAAAAGUGGAAGAAGCAAUUCUGCAAAGUCAAGGGAAACGUUUAAUUCUUAUCCUAAACAAGAUUGAUUUGGUACCACCAUAUGUUUUAGAACAAUGGCUAAAUGUUUUGAAAUCAAGUUUCCCAACUAUUCCAUUGAAGGCUGCACCAGGUGCCACAAAUUCGACAUCUUUUAAUAAAAAAUUAACACAAGCCGUAACAGCUAAUGCUCUUUUAGAAGCGUUGAAGACAUAUGCCAAUAAUAGUAAUUUGAAGAGAUCCAUUGUGGUUGGUGUUAUUGGGUACCCUAAUGUCGGUAAAUCAUCUGUGAUUAAUGCACUAACUUCCCGUCGCGGUGGUCAAUCUAAAGUAUGUCCUGUUGGUAAUCAAGCUGGUGUUACUACAUCAUUAAGAGAGGUUAAGAUUGACAAUAAAUUAAAGAUUCUUGAUUCUCCAGGUAUAUGUUUCCCAAGUGAACAUGGUAAAAAGAGUAAAGUUGAACAUGAAGCUGAAUUGGCAUUAUUAAAUGCCUUACCACCAAAAUAUAUCAUUGAUCCAUAUCCGUCGGUUUUAAUGCUGGUGAAACGUUUAUCAAAAUCUGAAGAAAUGACCCAAAGUUUUAAAAAUUUCUAUGAGAUACCUCCAAUUCCAGCACCAGAUGCAGACACUUUCACCAAACAUUUCUUGAUCCACGUUGCACGUAAGAGAGGGAGAUUAGGAAAAGGUGGUAUACCCAACCUUGCUAGUGCCGGUUUAUCUGUUUUAAGUGACUGGAGAGAUGGUAAAUUCUUGGGUUGGGUUUUACCAAAGGCUUCUAAGAAUACAACAGAACCCAAUAUUGAUAAUAAUAGUGGUAGUGGUAGUGGUUCUACAAUCUCUACUGGUGCCACUGUUGCCCCAGCUAAGGUAGAGCAAACUACAAUUGUCUCUGAGUGGUCUAAGGAGUUUGAUUUAGACGACCUAUUCGGUAACUUAGACAAGGUUAUAAGUGAAUCUAGUAAAGAAGAUAGGAUGGAAGAAUAG